CAAUAAUAUGAGGACUCCAUGAACGAUGAUCAAGCUCCCACCAAGCUCACUUCACUCCGGCUGCACCAAGGCCUUCAAUGCAAACAUCAACCGCCUGUCACGCGGAGGCGCCCACCGCCAAGUGUUACUCAAUUACGUCUCCAUGCUGAAAGAUUCCGUCCCCCCCGACACUUUCACCUACCCCAGCCUCCUCAAAGCAUGCAUUUCCCUGAACCUCUUCCGCCUCGGUCUCUCUGUCCACCAACACGUUCUCGUCAAUGGGUUUGAUUCUGAUUCUUACAUCGCAUCUUCUCUGAUCAGCUUCUAUUCCAAAUUUGGGUUCACAGAGAAAGCUCACAACCUGUUCGAUAAAAUGCCCGAGAAGAGUAUUGUUCCGUGGACAGCCAUUAUCGGGUGUUAUUCUCGGAAUGGUGAUGCUCGCAAUGCGCUCCUGUUGUAUAAUUCUAUGCAGCAUGAUGGGAUAAAGCCGAGUGCCGUUACUGUUUUGACAUUGCUCUCCGGGGCGACGGAGAUCAGCUACCAUGUGAGAUGCUUUCAUUCCAGCAUUGUAAAAUGUGGUUUCACAUCGAACGUUGUCUUGAUGAACUGUAUGUUAAGCCUGUAUAGUAAGAGCGAAAACGUUGGUUGCACAAGGGACUUGUUUGAGUCCAUGCAUGAAAAGGAUGUUGUUUCUUGGAAUUCUUUGAUUUCAGGUUACGUGGUGAAGGGGAACACAAACGAAAUCUUGAGGCUUAUGCGUAGAAUGAGGUUUGAGGGUGUGAAUCCUGAUUCGCAUACCUAUGGGUCAUUGAUUUCUGCUGUUUCAAAAGAGGGAAGUUUUGAAAUUGGAAGAUUGGUUCAUGGCCAGAUCAUAUCCCAGGGAUUUGAAUUAGACGUACAGCUUGAAACAUCAAUUAUAGUCAUGUAUCUUAAGUGUGGAAACUUGGAAUACGCAUUUAAUGUUUUUGAGAGAGCAAACUAUAGAGAUGCAGUUUUAUGGACAUCAGUUAUCUCAGGCCUUGUUCAAAAUGAACAUCCAAACAAGGCAUUAGAAGUUUUCCGUUGGAUGCUGGAUUCAAGAACUGCGCCAUCUACUAAUACUUUAGCCAGCACACUUUCUGCUUGUUCGCAGUUGGGUUUACUGAAAGUGGGAACCUCAAUACAUGCUUACAUACUGAGGCAAAGAAUAGAAAUGGACUCUCCUGCCCAAAACUCUCUCGUCACUAUGUAUUCUAAGUGUGGCUAUUUAAAGCAAAGUCUUGCUAUUUUCCACAUGAUAGAGAAAAAAGAUGUGGUGUCAUGGAAUGCCAUUGUUGCUGGGCAUGCGCAGAAUGGUGAUUUAUCAAUGGCUCUCCACAUGUUCAAUAAAAUGAGAACAACCCAUCAAAAGCCUGACUCGAUAACCAUUGUUUCCCUUCUUCAAGCCUGUGCCUCCACGGGAGGGUUUCAGCAAGGAAAGUGGGUCCACAGUUUUGUUCUGCGGACCUAUCUUGGGCCUUGCAUCAUGAUAGACACUGCUUUGGUUGAUAUGUACUGUAAGUGUGGCGAUGUAACCACCGCCAGGAAGUAUUUUGACAGGAUGGUGGAACACGAUUUGGUUUCAUGGAGCACAAUCAUAGCAGGUCAUGGUAGUCAUGGAGAAGGAAAGAUAGCUCUUGAGUUGUACUCGAGACUCUUGAGAAGUGGGAUGACACCAAACAGGGUUAUCUUCUUGGCUGUUUUAUAUGCAUGCAGUCACAGUGGACUUGUUGAGCAAGGGAUGAGCUUGUUCGACUCCAUGAUUAAUGAUUUCAAGAUUGAGCCAGAAGAUGAACACUGUGCUUGUAUUGUCGAUCUCCUUUGUCGAUCUGGUAGGGUGAAAGACGCAUAUGAAUUUUACAAGACAUGGUUCCACGAGCCAAUGGUUGAUGUUUUGGGUAUACUACUUGAUUCUUGUAGAGCAAAGGAUCUAGUGGAUUUGAGGGAUGCUAUUGCCAGUGAGAUUUCUGCACUGCAACCUGAUGAUGCAGGGAAGUAUGUGCAGCUGGCUCAUAGCUAUGCUUCGAAUACGCAGUGGGAGGGUGUUGGCAAGGUGUGGUUCCAAAUGAAAUCUCUUGGCCUGAAAAAGCUUCCAGGUUGGAGUUCUAUCGACUUGCAGGGGAAUAUUACGGCAUUUUUCAUGGGUCACAGUUCUCAUCCUCAACAUGACGACAUUAUGUCUCUUUUAAACAUUUUAAGUAGGGAGAGUGGAGAUGCAGUGUUCAUGGCUGACCUUGAAUUCUGUGAGACUGAUACUCCCUGCUAAUGAAAGCGCACGCCCCCUCCCGCUAUUCAGGAUCCGAACUUCUUUGCCUUCAGCGCCAGAGGACGAUGACGCACGCAGACGAACUAAUAAGGGGUCGGAACAAUGUUCGCCGAUGGAAGCGGCUACUUCUUCACCACCACCUUCGCCGCAUCAACAAUCCUCUUUGAAAUUUGUGCACUAAAUGUGAAUCCGGCCAUUGAAGGAGAGACAGGUUUAGGCUUGGCUCCUGGUCAAUGAUGCAAGCCAGGAGUGACCUGGUCUUCUGGAGGGCUCACAACAUUGAAGUGGAUCACUAGAUGUUGGUCUAAAUUGGAGAAGAUGCAACUGGCCCACAGCUACGCUUCGAAUACACACACUGGGAGGGAGUUGGCAAGUUGUGGUUCCAAAUGAAAAUAUAAUACGAGUAUAGAAAUAUGUUAAAUAAUGAAAAAUAAGUAGUUAGAUUUUUUUUUUCAAAUGAAAGAAAUAUUUUGGAUCACAUAUUUUUUAACAAAUAGCAAAAUUUUUA